CCGGGUGGCGGCGGCGGCAUGGCGGAGCCGAGCGGGGCCGAGACGAGGCCCCCCAUUCGGGUCACCGUCAAGACCCCCAAGGACAAGGAGGAAAUUGUGAUCUGCGAUCGAGCCUCGGUCAAGGAGUUCAAAGAGGAAAUAUCCCGGAGAUUCAAGGCUCAGCAGGAUCAACUGGUCCUGAUCUUCGCAGGCAAGAUCCUAAAGGAUGGGGACACACUGAGCCAGCAUGGGAUCAAGGAUGGGCUUACUGUUCAUCUGGUCAUCAAGACCCCUCAGAAGGCUCAAGAUCCAACUGCUGCCACUGCUUCUUCCCCCUCCACUCCAGACCCUACCUCUGCACCUUCCACCACGCCUGCUUCACCCACCACCCCUGCCCAGCCCUCUACCUCUGGCAGUGCCGCUUCAGAUGCUGGCAGUGGAAGUCGGAGGAGCAGUGGGGGGGGGCCCUCCCCUGGGUCUGGGGAGGGUCCUCCCAGUGCUACUGCAUCCAUUCUCUCUGGCUUUGGGGGCAUCCUGGGCCUUGGGAGCCUGGGCCUGGGCUCUGCCAACUUCAUGGAGCUGCAGCAGCAAAUGCAGAGGCAGCUGAUGUCUAAUCCCGAGAUGCUGUCUCAGAUCAUGGAGAACCCCCUGGUACAGGACAUGAUGUCUAAUCCUGACCUGAUGCGCCACAUGAUCAUGGCCAACCCCCAGAUGCAACAGCUGAUGGAGCGGAACCCUGAGAUCAGCCACAUGCUCAACAACCCUGAGCUCAUGAGGCAGACGAUGGAGCUUGCCCGAAAUCCAGCCAUGAUGCAAGAGAUGAUGCGGAACCAGGACCGCGCCCUGAGCAACCUGGAGAGCAUCCCUGGAGGGUAUAAUGCCCUCCGCCGCAUGUACACGGACAUCCAGGAGCCCAUGUUCAGUGCUGCCCGGGAGCAGUUUGGCAACAAUCCCUUCUCUUCCCUGGCCGGGAACUCCGACAGCUCGUCCUCCCAGCCUCUGCGGACUGAGAACCGAGAGCCCCUCCCUAACCCCUGGAGCCCCUCGACCCCCACCUCCCAGGCCCCCGGGUCCGGUGGGGAGGGCACCGGAGGAUCGGGGACCAGCCAGGUGCACCCGACAGUCUCGAACCCCUUUGGGAUCAAUGCGGCUAGCCUGGGGUCAGGGAUGUUCAACAGCCCAGAAAUGCAGGCCCUGCUCCAGCAGAUCUCUGAGAACCCCCAGCUGAUGCAGAACGUGAUCUCAGCCCCCUACAUGCGGAGCAUGAUGCAGACACUUGCCCAGAACCCUGACUUUGCUGCUCAGAUGAUGGUGAACGUGCCGCUCUUUGCUGGUAACCCUCAGCUGCAGGAGCAGCUCCGCCUGCAACUCCCGGUCUUCCUGCAGCAGAUGCAGAACCCAGAGUCGCUCUCCAUCCUCACCAAUCCCCGUGCCAUGCAGGCGCUGCUGCAGAUCCAGCAGGGACUGCAGACCUUGCAGACCGAGGCCCCUGGGCUGGUACCUAGCCUUGGCUCUUUCGGGAUGUCCCGGACCCCAGCACCUUCGGCAGGCAGCAACACCGGGUCUGCGCCUGAGGCCCCCACCUCCUCACCAGCCCCCCCAGCCACAUCUUCUCCAACAGGGGCCUCCAGUGCCCAGCAGCAGCUCAUGCAGCACAUGAUCCAGCUUCUGGCCGGAAGUGGAAACUCGCAGGUGCAGACGCCAGAAGUGAGAUUUCAGCAGCAGCUGGAGCAGCUCAACUCCAUGGGCUUCAUCAAUCGGGAGGCCAACCUGCAGGCUCUGAUUGCCACAGGCGGGGACAUCAAUGCAGCAAUCGAGAGACUCCUGGGCUCUCAACUCUCCUAAUCCCUCCUCCGGCUGUGCCUCCUGCCUCUCCCUCCCCUGAAGCCAGCGUUUGGUUCCUCUGUUGCCCCUACCUGCAGCUUGUCAUCCCUCCUGUGUGCUCCCUGUCCUGUCCAGCAGCAGGGAGACUAGAGGCCCGGUCUCACCCCACAGCUCUGCCUGAGAAUGUUGGUUUUACUUCUGCAUCUCUCACGGAAUUUUUUCUCUACAUUCUACCUGAGCAGAGCUCUGUAAGAGGUUUUCAGGUUUUGUUGAUUGGCCUUAGCUCCUUGCCCCACAACCACCUCUUUCAAUCUUCAGACUUCUCAGUGCUGACCGAGCAGGGUCUUCCACCUGAAACACGAGCGUUGACUCGUCUUGUUUCCUUUCAGUAACUCUUUUCCUUCUUUCUCUGUCCCAGUUUCCUCCUACCCCACCCUAACCAAUGCUAGAAUUUCAUACUCAGAAGGAGGGGCUGACGUAACAGACUGAUUUUCCUCCUCACCUCCUAUUCUGGUCACUUCAUCCAGCACUUUUUCAGGGUCUGUUGGGGCUUGAAGGGGUAGGAGGAAGAUGCCUAUUCUCCCUGGCUGAAUGGGAGAUGAGAUAGUUUUCUGCACAAGGAAUUAGCCAGCCCUGGGCUGGUCCAGGAGAGCAGAGGAGAAGGGAGUGAGAUUCCCCGGAGGAAAGGGGCAGGGGAACCAGCCUGAGUAAAGAGCAGGCUGUCAAGAGCGGGCUGUCAAGAGCGGGCUGUGUUGACUGUGAGGGAGUGCUACCUGCUCUUUCGGUUAGGAGUCCAGGGUCAGCCCCGAAGAGGAGACUUAGAGAUGCUAAUGGAGUUUGAGUUGUUGAAAGGGGCUCCACAAGGUCUCAGCUGGGGUCAUAUUGGCGCCAUUUCCUCAGGCAUACUUGCUCCUGAGUACAUUCACUGUUUCCACAGCCCUAGGAUCGGUUUCCACAGCCCUAGGAUCGGCCUGUGUCCCCGGGCACUAGCGGUUGAGCCUCCCUCAAGGACUUGAAGGGAAUCAGGGCCUGGUCUGUCACUGGUGUGGGUGGCUGCGGAUCACCCACAUACCUGUGUGAGCUGAGGGGCAGUGGUUGAUGAUUACUGGUUCCGAGUUCUUUCCUACCAGACUGGUAGGCAGAGGCCAGGCUGGGGCAGGGUAGUAUACAGCCUGCAGAGCUGGGUUCCUUGGACCUUUCAGUGCUGGCCUCCUGAAGCUCCCAGCGGUGGCCAGCGCCUUCCACCCCUCAUUGCUUUGGGCCCUUGGUAAAGGGAUCUAUCCCUCCUGAGCCCCUGACCUUUGGCAUCUUAGCCCCUGUUCUUCGAGUUUUACUAUUUCCCUCUAAGCCAGAAAGGUCAAUUUGAGGAAGGAAAAGAGGGUGGCAGUGAUGUCUUUGAUCUAGAAUUGGACGUUGUUCUACUGGAGCAGAGGAGGCCUGUGUCCCCUGCUUCCUCUGCCACUAGCCCGCUGCCUGGGCCACCAUGACUGAGAAUGUGGAAGCAGAGGGAACAGAAUUUUGCUCCAGGUGGGAAAGGGUCCCAAGCAAUCUAGAGAGGAUGUCUGUGUGGCUCAUCCCUCCCACCCACCCUCUACUCCCA